AUGAGUCGGUCGCAAGUGUUGUCACUUCUCAAAGAUCAGCAUGAUUCAAUUGCUCACACCAGGACCAUAAAAUUGAACUCGCUAUCGCCACCUGUAAAACCGCACGUUCUUGUCGACCUCAUCGAUGAAUAUUUACAGUCGUUUGAUCCCCCAUUGGUUAUUGAAAGGUUGUCCCUCCAAAACAAUCAAAUAUUGGAUAUACCGUCGAACUUGAGCAAAAUACUGAAACAUUUAAAAUACUUGGAUUUGUAUCAUAACAACAUUACACACAUUUCUAGCAGCAUCUUUCAACACGGAUUCAAAGCAUUAGAGAUUUUAGAUCUAUCGUCAAACCAACUUUUGUACUUGCCUGAUUCAAUCUCCUUCUUGCAGAAUUUGAAAGUAUUGUCAGUGAAAAAUAACAAUAUUAAGUUCCUCACACCAUCUUUGGGAGAGCUACAACAUUUGAAUCUAAUAGAGGUGUCCAACAACCCCUUAUCCAUCCCAUCUUUUGAUUUGAUACGAACGUUUCAAGCACAGGCUGCUGAAUUGGAUUGGGUGGCUCAAUUGAAAAAUUACCUACUUGCAAAUAGAACACUUAUUAAUGCCAAGAUUGAGGAAUCAAGAGAGCCAUCACCUGCAUCUCAGGAAUUUCAAACAAUGGACCCAAAACAUAAUUUAGAGCCACAAAUGACCCCGCCAAGUGUACAAAGGUCGCAAAGUGUUAGUGAUAUCCCUAGAUCCAAAUCAUCAAAAGCUUCUAAGCGAAUGGGUUUCAUAAUCAAAAAGCUUGAAGAGGACGGAUCGGAGGAAAACUUAGAGGAGCUGCGGCAACCAGUAUCUUUAACAACCCUUCCCAGACCUAUUAUCCAUGAAGGUGCACCGCAUUCGGCCUCUGCGGCAGAAACCAAAUUUGUCGUUUCAAGCCCACCACCACCUCAAAUAGGAAAUGCCAGCUCAACUGCACCCAACUCAACAUCGUCAUCGCCAUCCAAUGAUUUUGGAGUGACUCCAAAAUCCAAUGUCGGACUGUACUUGAAACCACCAACUACAAGAUCGAGGUCAAACACAAUGAAGGAGAUAGACAGGAUAUUAGAAAAGAAUGAAAAUGUCGAUACGGAACACAAGUCCAAUGCUUAUUUCAAAAGAUUAUCCACCUUACAAGAACAACCAGUGGAUGAGUCUGAUAUCAUGGACUCUCCUACCAGUAAUCAAAGAACUUCACGCCAAACUUUGGACCCUAACCUGCGCGUGCCUCCUUCUUUGUCACUGGAAACUCCACGGGCCAAUACCCCAACCACUACUCCUGCUACUGAUGAUGGCUCACCGAUACGCGCGCCACCGCCACCACCACCACCACAAUUUAAGAGGCGAACUAACCCCAACAUCGUGAAAGUUUCCCGAAAAGUUUUGUUUUCAUUCAGUGAACUACAUUCGUCCAUCCGUAGAUUUACCGGAUUCUGCACGGACAAAAAAAUAACCAUGAAAAUGGUAUCAUUUUUAUACACAACAAAGUCCAACAUUGACUUGUUGGUUGAAAAUCUAGAAAUUAUGGAAGAAAAUGGAAACAAUGCCGAUCAAAUUGCCCAGAUUUUACACACAUGUAUAUCCUCGUUCAAAUCAAUAAUGGACCUACUACAAGAGAAUUUAACAAAGUUUGUUAGCAGGAUUGAUGUUUGCUUUAUUCGAAUGUUAUACUUGUCUAUCUUUGGGUCCUUCAAUGAGCUCAGAAAUGCAUACAUCCUAUUAACAACAAAGCCUAAAGUUGGUGAAUCGAAACUCAAACUCACAAUCAAUACAAAUGUUGGCUCCUCUUUUAACGAGGUUGACGAAAAGUUGUAUGCCACUGUUGAGUCAGCAAUAGCCAAUGCACAAACAAUUUUUACUGAGUUAAAUAAAGAUGUCCACAGAGGCGCGAGUGCAAACGCUGCGUCGGUGCUGUCGAGUGUGGCAGCAAAAGUUAAAGACCUUGGUAAUGUGUGUGGGUCGUCUUUAGACAUCACCAAACGACUCAACACUAAGCUCAUUACAAUUCGAAAUAAUCCAUCACAUGCAACAAAGAAACAAUUCGCUGAGGACACAAAUCAAUUCUUGAAGUCAAUUGUACAAAUUUUGGCCGCAGUCAAGAGUAUUGUUGUUGAUAUACCCAUAUUAGAGGAUGUUCGUGCUCCGAUGUCGAGCUUGACUAAAACUGCCAAAGAGGUUACCUACAUGUUGGAAAUUUCAUCUUAUAAAACCUUAUUGUCGGAUUCGGGAACAAACCAGCAGGCUCAAAGUGCCUCCGCGCAAGCUCCUUCAAUGUUUACUCCAGCGUCUUCACGUGGCCCUGCUCUACCAUCAAUUGCUAGUGGCCCUGUUCCAGUGAGAAAUCCAAUUGCAGGCCCACCCAAUUUAUCGACAGUAAAUUUACCAGACGCACAAACUUCAAUUAUGCCCACGAAUGGUCCUCUCACAGCUCCUCCUCAAUCUAGUGGUCAAAUGUUUGCUAAGAACGGAAUGAAUCCAUUCGAUAAGCUUAUUUUGAGUAAAAAUGAGGAAACUUAG